UUGCCCUUUAACCAUCAUCUACGACUGGCUCGUAGUGCUUCUCUCCCAUUUACUCUCAACCUGCGCAUCUUUGCAUUCUCCAUAUCUCCUGUCACCAUGUCUGCUUGCAAUCAUGCUGUUUCCAGGACGACAAUAGAGUCGUUCUUUUCCUUCAAGGCAUUGAUUGGACUUGGUAUUACAUUCCCAUUCAACUUUUUUGCCCGUGAGGAGGCGAGAAUUGCCGUAGCCACUCCUCCACCCAUGUCAUGCUCCAGAGCCAAAUCUUGUCUCAAUUCGUCUUCUCCCAUCUCUUUGCCUUCCUCCUCCUCCUCGGCUUCUCUGAGCUUAUGCCAUCGUCCUUCAAAGUCAAGGCAAUACAAGGGGAUCGGCCUAGGCCAGCCGAGUUCCAAAUUGGUCACUCCUGGUGAAGUGACUACGCCUGCUUUGAAACGCCGCGGUGUCUCAAACACUGUUAUUCUUUCUACGAACUCUGGUCGAAAACUGGCCUCUUCCAUCAACGAUUCAUGUUCCAGCCCGAAGUAUCCUGCCGGAUUGGGCCUUGGCGCCCCUCCGACGAGGAACAGGGGUGGUACCAGCGGCAACUCGGGCACUUCCCUUCGAGAUCUUCCAUCCACUUCCUCUGCAGCUCUUGGACGAAUAUCCCCUACAAUUACCGAGCCGAGACGACGUUCUCGUAAACAGUCAGCUGGCCUGGGUCUCGGCCUUCCUGCAUCUAACGCCCUCCACACCACAUGUCCGCCGUCGCAGCCACCACCACCACCAUCGGAACCGUCUGGAAUAGGCAUUUUCUCAUCCUCGCUGUCUAUAUCCUCUGAACUCUGUCGCCUCACAUCCCAAUGUUCACUGAAACCCCCACCGCGAUCACAACCUCAGCCGCGUGCCAGCCCUCGUCGUCUUUUUUCGUCUAAAUUGGCCUUCGUCACCUCUUCGAAAUUCUUGAAGAGGUCGCUCUACACUAUUCCAGAGUCGUCAAUAGGUGUGCUAGAUCAGGAUCAUGGUAGCUUUAUCGGAAACGGAGGGCGCCGUAGCGAUGGAAAUCUGGUUCAUUCAUUCGGGCGGACAUUAUUUUGAGAAGAUGAGAACGAUUGAGUUAUAUCUGACAUUGCAUACUGACAUCCAUACAAUUUACAUAUUUACUGAUUCAUGCAUAUACUUUUUCUUCAUUCCUUAUCGGCGGCCUCUGGUCAAGUUAUUGAUAUCAGGACUGCUGUAACAUCGAUCUUGUCCAACGCAGAAGAGGCUUGGGGAAUACCUUUCCAUACUAGUUGGGAAGAAUGGCAAGCGCGUAAUACAUUAAUGUGGUGAGUGGGUCAACGAGAUUUUGUUACAUGCAGUAGGCUCUUCGUAGUAUCUCCAGGAAACUAUAAAUACAUACUUUCG